GGUAGCGAUCCUCGGGACAGAGGUGGAGCCAGCUGGGGCCGGCAGCGGCCGGGUUGGGUUGUAGGGGGUCGCGAUGUCCAUUGCGGAGCGACAGCGGAUGGAGGAAGAGGAGGGGGAAGGGGCCGGCGGCGGAGAGGAAGUGGUUCAGAUCCGACUGGGUGACAAGUGCUACCCGGUGUGCAAGAGGAAGCUGAUCGAGCAGAGUGACUAUUUCCGAGCCCUGUACCGUUCGGGCAUGCGGGAGGCAGGGCAGGGCCAGGAAGAGCAGCUGUUGCGCGGAGGGCUGAGCGCGCUGGGUCUAGAGCUGGUGCUGGACUUCAUCAACACCUCCUGCCUGGCCCGGCUGGAGCAAGAGGGUGAGGAGGAGCCCCCUCUGCUAGAGGAGCUGGUGGAGGCCGCCUCCUACCUGCAGGUUACUCCCCUAUUGCGGUUGCUGCUCUCUCAGGUGCGACUGGGCAACUGCCUGGAGCUACACCACUUGGCCCAAAUCUAUGGCCUGCAGGACCUGCAUGAUGCCUGUUUGGACUUCAUGGCUUCCAAUUACCACCAGGUGCUGCGCAGGCCCGAUACCCGGGUUCACCUCCACCUGCCUCAUGCUCUCCAACAGCACCUGAAGGAGAGACGGAUGAGAGGCACUGCUACUCUGGUGGCCAUUGGGGACUUCAUGGGUACCUCAUCCCUGGGCCUGUCCCCGGGCUGUCACCCGCAGGCAGAGGCCCCUUGGUCCAUGCUGAGGUACGAUGAGGAAGCAGAGCAGUGGCUACCCCUAGCCAACAACCUACCUCCAGAUCUGGUGAAUGUGCGAGGCUACGGGUCGGCCAUGCUGGACAACUACCUCUUCAUCAUUGGAGGAUACCGGAUCACCACCAGUCAGGAGAUCUCAGCUGCCCAUUGUUACAACCCUUGCCUAAAUGAGUGGAGUCAGCUGGCUUCAAUGAACCAGAAGAGGUCAAAUUUUAAGCUGUUGGCUGUAAAUGGAAAGCUCUAUGCCAUUGGUGGUCAAUCCCUUUCCAACGUGGAGUGUUAUAACCCAGAAAAUGACUGGUGGAAUUUUGUAGCAUCCAUGCCAAAUCCUCUUGCAGAAUUCUCAGCUUGCGAAUGCAAGGGCAAGAUUUAUGUUAUUGGAGGAUACACUACACGAGACAGGAACAUGAACAUCUUGCAAUACUGUCCUACUUCUGAUUCCUGGACCAACUUUGAACUCUGUGAUGUCCAUGUUCGUAAACAGCAGAUGGUCUCUGUUGAAGAAACAAUCUAUCUAGUAGGAGGUUGUAUUCAUGAACUUGGACCAAACCAAAAAUCCAGCCAAAGUGAAGAUGUGUUAACUGUGCAGUCUUACAACACUGCUACCAAAGAAUGGCUCUACCUCAAAGAGAACACAUCAAAGUCGGGUCUUAACUUGACUUGCACUCUUCACAACGAUGGAGUUUAUAUAUUGAGUAGGGAUAUUACUUUAUCUACGAGCUUGGAGCACCGUGUUUUUCUGAAGUAUAAUAUAUUUACAGACAGUUGGGAGUCACUAAGACGCUUUCCAGCCUUUGGACAAAACAUGCUGAUCUGUUCUAUGUAUUUGCCUGAUGUGUGAGAUGUGUAAUGGCAUCAGGUUUUUCUUUGCAGCUCAUUAAUCAUUCUCGGAAGAAAUAUUACUCUAAGUAAUUCCAGUUUCAGAAUGUAAUGUGGUUGCAUAACAUAGACAUAAAAUACUGAUUCUUUUCUUAAAAAAAAAAAAAAAAAAAGUUAUAAAAUCCAAUAUUAAGAUCAAUGGUUCUAGAAACAGUUCCAAGAUUUCAGUUUAAUUUUCUUUUAUUUUGUAUUUAAAUUUCACCGAAUAUUGUUUACAACUUAAGCAUAAAAAUUUAUGUUGGUAACUUAUGAAGGAUAGAGUUUCAAAGGCAAAACUGAUUAUUCUCAUUUUAUUCUUCAUCAUUAUAGACAACGUAGAAGAGAGAGUGUACAUGGUGAAAGUGAAUAUAAUUCAAUAAAAUAAAUACUAUAUCUAAGAGAAAUCAAAAAAGGAAUGAUUUUUUUAAGUAUAAUUUUUACACAGUCUGUGUUCUGUCGAAUGCAUAAUGUUUAAAAUUGCUUAUGCUCUCAUGUUAUUAUCUCUUCUACAGUCACAAGUGAGAGUUUCAAGAGUUUCAGCAAGUAGGUAUCACCAAGAAACAUGUAUUUCCUUGAAUUAUUUGUCAUAAAAUGCUUCAUGAGGGACUGGGAAGAAUUACCUGGAGACUAAAAGUAUCCGUCUGGAUUUUAGAUGCUGCUUUAAUGGAAGUUAGCAGUAUUUAUGGUUGCCAUCAUGAUAGAGGUAAAAAGACUGCAAAUUCAAAUUGGGAAGUUUGCUCAUCUUCCAGAAGGUUUUCAGGUUUAGUUAUCCUGUUGUUUUCUGCUGUGCUAAAUAUUAAAAAUCAAAUUAUAGAAACAAAGAAACAGAUGUUAGCAGCAAGAUGCAUUGUAGGAAGAUAUACAUGAGUACACACUGUGGUGAUUCUGCACCAGGCACUUGCUGCUUGAUAACAGUCAUCUAGGGCAAAAGAGGAGACUGAAUCACUUGAUGUGGCAGGGUUCAUUUGUGUAAACGACUUCCUUAUGACACCAGCUCUAACAGGUGUAUGUGGAUGUUGACUUUCUUGUGUUACCAGGAACCUGGUAGAUAUAACCAGUUUGCUACCUAAAGUUGUUAGUUUCUGCAAAGAACGUAAGGGGAUAGUCACCAUAGAUUCUCAUUUGUGUUCGCUAGUUUCUGCAUAUUGCCUGAGACUUUCUUUUUUGGAGCUGACAAGUUCACUGGAGUCUACUGAAGGCCUUGGUUGUUAUCAUGGGAAGGUUUCACAACUGCUGCCUUUGGGAAAGAGAGAACCAGAUUAGGUAUAUCAUGAACAGAUUGCAUAGAUGUUGAUUUUGUGCCAGCUCUUUCUCGAAAUGAUGAGAUUUAAUUCACUUGAAUGUAUUCCUAGCAAGGGGAGAUUUUUUUUUUUUUUUUCCCUUUUGAAAUUCAGGAAUCUGAAUUGACUUUUCAAAAUAGAUGCCUGUUGUACAGAGAAAGAAAAGACAGCAAUGGUUCCCUUCAGUCUCUUUUAACUCCCAUCUUUUCUAUGGUCUUGAAUUAAAUUGAUGUUAAAGAACUGUAAGACAAUUAUCUCUCACACAUUCUGUGCUUCAGUGCAUAGUUUUGAUGCUUCUGAUCAUGUAUAGCAACCCAAACAGAAAAUUCCAGGAAACUCUGUUUAUCUAGUGAGGACAUUAAGCAAGGUACUUUGAAUAUCCAGAAUUAACAUCUUCUGGGUGGGAUUUUUGCAGUCUGGCGGAGCAUGUUAUGUUUAAGCCCCAAAUUGUGUCUGUUCAUCUGUAUGCAUGAAUUUCACAAGUUUAGCCUUUGUCUAUUUGUUAGUUUUCAUUCCUUUGAAAUCCUCAUGCACUGAGCGGCUGCUGUGUUAUGACAGUUGCAUCAUAUCAAACAAUGGCUUUUCUACAAUGAAGAAUUAGGGUGAUUUUCCAAAGAUUCUUAAGUGAUUUGUUUUUAACUUUUGUAAGUGUUUUAGAAUAAAUAUAAACACUGUUCCA